AUGAAGCGUCAUCAUACUUCAAUUGAAUCUGAGAGUAAUGACGAUGAUGAUGAUGAAAUAUAUUCAGAAUCCACUGAAUUAACCGUACAUAGUUGUACAAUAAAUCGAACUAGUAAAGGUCAUUAUCAAUCUAAUAUUUAUACUGGUUUAAUAUCUCCUUAUCGUCAUUAUUCAAAUGGUAAUCGUUUAACACGUUUAGAACAAUUGGUAACAACAGCAUUUGAUGAUCAAAUUCGUUCUCUAUUACUUACUUUAAGACAUCAUGUAUUAAAUUAUCAUUGGUCAAAUACAAUUUUAUAUUUAAAAUAUUUACUUCAAUCAUGUUUUAAUCGUCCAUAUACUCGUUUAUAUUGGCAAUUAUUAUUUAAAUGUAUUUUAGAAAAUGAAUAUGAAAAUAAAAUAGAUGAAUCAUUUUUACCACAAAUAUUUGAUACAUUAUUUCAUUCACCUUUAAUUGAUCAUACCUAUGCAUUUUAUUCCUAUUUAUGUUUACAUUUAUUUGAUUUAAAUAAAAUUGAUUUAAUUCAAGAUUUAAUAUUAAGAUAUCAAAAUAGAAAAGUCUAUAAUAGUGGACGUACAAUAACAAAAUAUUAUAAUGAAUCAUUUGAACAAUUUUUAUUAUUAAAAAUUCAAUUUUUAAUUAAUUAUAGACAAUGGAUUAAUGAAAAUAAUUUAUUAUUAAAUAUAAAUCCAUUUUUAUUUAAAUUUAAUGAAAAUAAUUUAGAUAAUAAUGUUAAUAAUAAUAAUAUAAGAGAUAUUGAAUUAUGGACAUUUAAAUUAACAACAGAUUUUAAUGUUAUUGAAGAUGUUUAUGAUAAAUAUUUUGAUACAUAUGAUACACAUUUAUUAAAAUAUAUUUCAUUUUUAUAUUCAACAAAUACAACUAGAGAAAUAAUUGAAACAAUUUUAAAUAAUUAUUCAAUAAAACAUUCAACAUAUAUUAAUGCACAAAAAUAUUUAUAUUGGUAUUAUAAUAAUAGUCAAAAAGAAAAUGAUAAAUAUAAAAUAUUAAAACAAUUAGUUGAUUUAGAUCCAAGUUCAACACCUUAUGUUCUAAAUUAUUGUCAAUAUUUAUUUAAUAAUCAUUUAUUAAUUGAAUUAUUUGAUUAUCUAUUUGAUUAUUUAGAUUAUUAUAAAAAUAAAUAUGAUUUAAAUGCUUGGACAUUAUUUAAUAAUUUAUUUAUUUUAAAUGAUAUUAAAUUUAAUAAUUCUCUUAUUGAAUGUUUAAAACAAAAUUGGAUGAUAAGACAAACAAUAUGGAUUAAAUAUCAUUUUAAUUGUUUUCAAAAUAAAGAAAAUAAUGAAUUAAAAAUGAAAAAAGCAUUAAUAGCCUAUCUAUUUUUGCCAAAUAAAUGUACAAUACAAUUAAAUGAUAUUAAACAUAAUUAUUUGACACAAUUGAAUGAUAAACAAAUAUUAAUUAGGAUAAAUAAUUAUCGAACUCAAUUGACGUGA